UGCCGGAGCUGCUGCCAGCCAGCCCGCGCUGCCCCUCACUGUCCCAGUCCUGCCCCCAGCUUGGACCCCGCACCCCUCCUUGGACGGGGACCCUCAGCCUCUGCCCCUGCCAUCCUAAACUCAGGUGAGUGUAGGGAGGGCUGAGCUGGGACUGGGUGGGAUCACGGUGUCUCCCUUCUGGCCUCAGUUUCCCUGCGGAGUGGCAGGACUGCCGUGGGGAGGCCUGGAGAGCUGAGUUGGAGGACGCGUCCCGGCAGCAGACCCGGCCCCGGCCCCGGGCCCCCGCGGUCGGGCGUCUGGCCCCGGCUCCGCGCUCACGCGGCCGCGUCUGCCCUCCCAGUCCCGCCGGCCGCGCGCCAUGGGCGGGCCCCGCGCCCUACUGGCCGCGCUUCUGGGCUUGGGGGUCGCCGGGGCCGCGGCGCUGCGCAUCGGAGCCUUCAACAUCCAGAGCUUCGGCGACAGCAAGGUGUCGGACCCGGCCUGCGGCCCCGUCAUCGCGCAGAUCCUGGCCGGUUACGACGUCAUCCUGGUGCAGGAGGUGCGGGACCCCGACCUGAGCGCCGUGGCCGCGCUCAUGGAGCGGAUCAGCAGCGUGUCCCCGCACGAGUACCAAUUCGUGAGCAGCGAGCCGCUGGGUCGGGACCAGUACAAGGAAAUGUACCUGUUCGUCUACAGGAAGGACGUGGUGUCGGUCGUGGACAGCUACCACUACCCGGACCAGGACAUCUUCAGCCGUGGAGCCUUCGUGGUCAAGUUCUCGGGCCCCGGUCUCUGGUGAGGCGAGCCCCGCCCGCCCCUCCCUCCCGGCCGCCCCCUCCCCGGCCUCUGACCGCGCCCCCCGCCCGCAGCCGCCAAGGAGUUGGUGCUGGUCCCGCUGCACGCGGCGCCGCACCAGGCUGUGGCGGAGAUCGACGCUCUCUACGACGUGUACCUGGACGUGAUCGACAAGUGGGGCACCGACGACAUGCUGUUCCUGGGCGACUUCAACGCCGACUGCAGCUACGUGCGGGCGCAGGACUGGGCGGCCAUCCGCCUGCGCAGCAGCGAGGUCUUCCGGUGGCUCAUCCCGGACAGCGCCGACACCACGGUGGGCAGCUCCGACUGCGCCUACGACCGCAUCGUGGCCUGCGGCGCCCGCCUGCGCAGGAGCCUGAAGCCCCAGUCGGCCGCCGUGCACGACUUCCAGGAGGAGUUCGGCCUCGACCAGGCCCAGGCUCUCGCCAUCAGCGACCAUUUCCCCGUGGAGGUGACCCUCAAGUCCAGCUGACAGCCCACGGCCUGCCCAGGACCGGCUACCUGCAGACUUGGCCACGUGGCUCGGCCCCUGUGGCUCCUCCAGAGCAGCAGGCCACCCCCUAGUGAGGCCCAGGGCAGGGGUACCCCAGCCUGGGAGCCAGCACCCCAUCUCCCGCUGGCCUGGACGGAAGCCAUGCACACGUCACGGGACCACUGGGAACUCAGUCUCCCCACCAUCUGUACAACGGGGCCGUGGCAUGUGCCUCCUAGGGCUCCGUGGGGAGCUGCACCCGCUCUCCACCCUCAGCACAGCGCCUGGGUCGCCGUCAGCCCCUCCCAGGCCUCCACUCCUUCUGGGGCACAAGCUCAGUCCCGCAGCCCCAGGGGUGGCCAGUGGCUCCAGCCCCUUAGGGAACAGGGCCACCCUGGCCUGGCCACUUCACGUCUUGCUAGGAGUCAGGCAGCAGCUUGAGCAGUGAACUCUAAAAGCCUCUAAGAGCCCUGAGGCCCGAGUGCUGUGAGGGGAGCAGGCAGCCGCGGCGGGCAGCAAUCAGUCACCUUCACAGUGCAGGCGCUGAGACCCUCUCCCUCCCCGCGGGCCACGUCUCCCCUGGUCCUGGGCUGCAGUACCCGAUGCACCGCCCACUGCCCUGACUCCCGGCCCCCCACCCCCCAUUCCCCAGUCCUGCAACCCCGUGACUCCCUCACGCCCAGUAAGCAGGGAGACCAGAGGCCGGGGGAGAGGCAACCCAAGGGCUUUAUUCCUGACUCUGCAGCGUGCUCAGUGGAGCCGGUGCCACGGUCCCGAGUGGCUGCCUGCAGCUUAGGGCUCUCACCCUGGCCAGGUGGCCUCGUCAUUCCAGGGCCUUCCAGCUCCUCAUCCUGCUGCGCAGAAAAAGCUCUCGUGGGUGGCCCUGGCUGUAAAUAAAGAACAGGCCCUUCCGAUGAGAUCUACAAAACCAAGAGCCGAAACGACCCGUAACUUGAAAAAAUGCUGAUUUCCGACCCCGGGACCAGAAGGCUCACCAGGAGCCGGGUCUGCCCCCGAGGCGGUGCGGCCUCAGCCCUUCCUCUGCCUCAGCUUCUGCAAGUACCCCUGCAGCCCCUUCUGGAUGGAGUCCCUGGAGAUGAAGUCGACGAAGUGCUGAAGGUCAGCCUCCCGCUGCUUCAGCAGCUGCUCGGCGGUCGGCUUCCGCAUCAUGGCCUUGGUGAGCUGGCGAGCGUGGUCUGGGGAGGACAGGCCCCUCUCAGCAGAGCCAGCCCGGGACGCCCGGCCCUGCUGGGGGGUCUGGACAGAAGCUGGGGGAGAAAACUUAAAAAAAUUAAAAUCACCUGUUCCCCACUGCCUCUGUAAAAGAGAAACUACCUUUAUAACCUGUUGUUCCUGCUCAACUACGUACUGAGAUCCUUUUCCACGUCAUGAAAACUAAUGGCACAAUCAAUAGCUGUGCAGUGUUCGGCCGUGUGAUUUCAUCAGGUGCUGGCACACCUGGGCUGCAGCUCUUUGUUUUUAUUUUCCUGUGACUCGUGAGCUAAGAAUGGUCAUACGUUUUUAAGUAGUUGGAAAAAAAGAAAUCAAAAGGAUAUUUUGCGAUGUGGAAAUAAUAUGAAAUUCAAAUUUGAGUGCCCACCAAUAAAGUUUUAU